GAUGACGUAUUUCCGCUUCCGACAUAAACAAGUCAGCAAACAUGGCGGUUCAUCUUGGCAGAAUAUGAGCUUUUGCCCCCCUUUUAUCCUCAGAUGAAACUUUACAGUGAACGUAAUGGUCAAUAUAGGCAACGAAGCGAGUCAAAUUCGCUACUUCUGCACAGCCGGUUACGGGAUGGAACAAUUUGUAAUCGAUGAGGUGACGAAGAAGCUGGCAGCUCACGACAUUGAGCGGUUGCAAGGUAAAGUGCUAUUCAGCUCCUCCGCCCACAUCAGUUUAGUGAAGGAGCUUAAGUCUGCGGAAAGACUCUUCUUGUUGAUGAAACGAGACUCGCCUCUCAAGCUGUCCGCCCACGCCAACCCAGCCAGAGUUGCGUCUGUGCUGAAGUCUACGCUGAUUGGUGACCUGCAAAGUUGGACCAGUGCUGAAGUGACAUGGAGGCGCCUGCAGGGGGUAGUAGGAGACAAGAAGAAGGAGGAGAGCAAGUGUGAGGAGCAGAGGAAAGUGGAAGAGGAGAACGUUUGUGGGGAAGACAAUGAGGGCGACAUCCCAAUCAUGAAGAAAAGGAGAAUGAUGGACUGUGAAGAUGAGUACGUCUAUACGGGAGAUGACCAGGAUAAAACAAGACCACAGGCUAACCGGCAUUGUUCUGGCCCACUUUCCUUUCGGAUCAGCUGCAAGUGUUCUGGGUCUGUGUCCCGCCACCUCAGUGUUCAGGAAGUGAGUAAAGUGUUGGGAACCAGUCUGAGUGGACAGUUGGGCUGGAAGGUUGAUUUGAGGAACCCCCAGAUUGAGAUUACCGUGUACUUAAGGGAUGACCAUUGUCUGCUCGGGAUACCGCUCACCAGGUUACCUCUUGCUAAUCGGCGCUACAUCAAAACGACAGGACUGAGAUCCACAGUUGCCUGGGCGAUGGGCGAACUGGCUCAAAUUCAGUCAGGUUCCCUUGUUCUCGAUCCGAUGUGCGGCGUAGGAACCAUCUUAAUAGAGGCAGCACAGGAACACAAGCUCGCUUGUUUCCUGGGUUUGGACAUUGAUGACAGACAGCUGCACAAGGCCAGUGAGAAUGUGGCGUUUGCGGAGCUGCGAGACAGAAUGCACUUCUUGAAAGCUUCAUCUACUCAUAUGCCUCUACCGAACGCGAGCGUGGACACGGUGGUGUGCGACCUGCCGUUCGGCAAGAAGUUUGGCACCAAAACCGACAUGGCCGCCAGUCUGCCGCUCAUCCUCGCCGAGAUGGAGAGAGUCCUCCGUGUUGGCGGAAGCUUGGUUCUCCUCCUGAGUCCUCAGCUCUCAUGUCUCCUGAAAAAACUCCUCACGCCGCCGCAAACGGGCACACAAGAAGCCGCAAAUCAGGAAGGAGUCCAGGAUGUCACUUCAACGCCUACCCAGGGAAAAGAGCCUUCAAUUGGGCUAAUGACCGAGUCAUGCCUGCCUCUCUCCUCUCUGAAGCACCAGACCUCUCUGAGACUCAGCUUAGGUACCAUAGAUGGACUUCUACAUAAAUAUAUAAAAACACACGCUUAAUUGAUUCAGGUUGGACAUUUUUUAAUUGAAUAUUUUUAAUGGGAAUUGCAAACCUGGAUGGUGUUCUUAUACAAGUACAGUGUAAAUGCUAAAAGUAACCACAGCAAUUUAAUUCAGGGAUCACUUCACUUUUGUUGCGCUGCAGCGCUCACACACUGACCCCCAUUAGCUGAAUCACAAUGCUGCCAUCUGCUAGCGUUUAGCCCCGCUUAGCCUAGUUGAACUGUGAAGGGGCCAGACACGACCACACUUUGGACUUACUUACUUACAGGCUUCCAUUCACUUCUCCUUAAGCCAGUCGCUUGAUGCCAGCACACCAACAAUGGAAUACGCAGCAUCUUGGAUUAAUGCCUAUUAUCCAUCCAUUCAUAUACACAACAGAUUAAUCAGUCCAACAUGACUGAAAAAAGUUUUUGUAUAUCCUUUCAAGAAUGUAUGGAUUUUAAUCGGUCUCUAAAAUGCACUAAGUAGCCUCCUUGGAAUGUUAAAAUAAAAACGAAUAUGCCGCUUUUA